AUGGCGUCUAAAAUCAAGGCAAUCCGAUUCUGGCUGAAGGUGGUAGCUGCCAUUUUGGCACUACUGUUAGGUGCGACAUAUGGUGUCAUAGUUUCGGUUAUAUUAACCUUGGCUCGCAAGAAUAACCUCGCUCAGUGGAGCACAGCCCGGUUCUUUUAUCAUCUGUUCUCCAAGUUGUUCAACAUCAAGAUAGUGAUUGAUCAUCCGGAGAGACUUGAGAAGCUGCCGGGUAUUCUUAUUUCGAACCACCAGUCGGAGUUGGACAUUUUCAUGCUGGGAAGGGUGUUUCCCAAGAAGUGUGUGGUUACCGCCAAGAAGCAGCUCAAGUACGUUCCCUUCCUGGGUUGGUUUAUGAGUCUUUCCGGAACUUUUUUCUUGGACAGAUCGAACAGGGAGAAGGCUUUGAGCACUUUGCAUCGUGCCCUAGAGGAGUUGAAGUCAUCCGAAGGAGGACUGUUCAUGUUUCCUGAAGGCACCAGAUCGUACGCCACAGAUCCAAAGCUCCUCCCAUUCAAGAAGGGAGCCUUCCACUUGGCAGUCCAGGCCCAGAUACCUAUAAUACCUAUCGCUGUUUCCAACACAUCAACGGUUUAUAGCCCCAAGACGAAGACCUUCAGCGGGGGUGUGAUUAACAUAAAGGUGCUGGAGCCUAUCUCCACGGAGGGUUUGACCAAGGAAGACGUUCCUCAUCUAGUUGAAAAGGUCCAGAAGCAAAUGGAUCAGGCAAUACAAGAACUGGGAUUCUCGGAGACUACAGACGGAAUUAUCGAGGCUCCAUUGUCUCCUGAAGUGGAGAUAGGAACCUCUGUUGAGCCUGAGACCGAGACCGAUGCGAAUGAAGAGACUACGCUACUGGCUCAUUUGGCUAAAGACUCAGGAAACUGA